AUGAUACAGAAUUUUUCUGCAGAACUUAACGUCACUGUAGCAUUUGUUCAUCAUUCCCUGCCUCGUGAGGUCAGGGAGACAGGGACUCAGGGCCAGGGUGCGGCGACCGACGGGUGCCGAACUGCGUUCUUUGAAAAAUUCCGAACAUUUUUCCUUCGAGAGGACUGCAAAAAGCGGAAGAGUUGUACCAGUGGUGAGAGUAUAGUUGGUUCUUCUCCUUUAGCUAUAACUAGUCAAAGGCAGUCCACAAUGGAGGAAAUGAUCCCUAAGAUGGACAAAUCAACUUGGGAGAAAUCUCUUCGUGAUCUUUUUAUUAAAAAUAACAUUUCUUUCAAUGUUGUUCAAUCGGAUGCUUUCAUCAAUUUUGUGAAGUGCACAGCCCGUUAUGGUCCUAGUGUUCCUAUUUCAAGUUAUGAAACCCUUCGUGGAAGAAUAAUUCCUGAAGCAAGAAAGGACCUUGAAAAAUAUGCUGAAGAAGUAAAAUUUUCUUGGAAGCAAACUGGUUGUACAUUCAUGUCUGAUUCAUGGACUGACUUGAAGAAGCGGUCUUUUCUUAAUGUGAUUGCUUAUUCCCCAGGUGGUGCUCUCUUUUUGAAGUCAGAGGAGUGUUCUCAUGCUAAAUUGACUGCUUUUUAUAUAUUUGAUAUUCUUGAGAAAGAGAUUGAAAGUAUUGGCCCAAAUUUAGUGGUUCAGCUCAUUUCAGACAAUGCAUCCAAUUAUUCAAGUGCACUUGAUAUGCUUACUGGAAAGUAUCGUUGGUUGUUUAAGACUCGAUGUGCAGCCCAUGGUAUCAAUCUAAUGUUGAAGGAUAUCUAUGAAAAGUGGAAGAGAAGCUUAGACUCCUAG